CUAUGCGUGACAUCAGCUCCCACGUCCUUGUGGCAUACUCGCUCGCAAUUUGCGCCGUAGCCUUCCUCCUCGCCUGCAUUCAUUUUCGCUCCGAAUUGAAGCAUUUUAGGAACCUUGUUCGGGUUCCUGUUCUAAAAUAUCUCGUCUACCGCCCGGCUUUUGGACAACGGAUCCUCAUAGAUUGGAGUCGCGCGGACGUAUUGGCCUUGCUUGCCUAUCUCGGCGUAACAAUUUUCUGCGUGUACUUCAAGAGUAGCGAUCUUGCCGCAGCAGGGCUGCGCGCAGCUAGUCUCUCGCUGAUACAUAUGGUGCUUCUGUUCGCGUCACCAAGCCUAGAUGCCGUGUCAAAUGCACUGGGGCUGAGGUGGCGGCCCGUGCGUCGUCUGCAUGCCACAGUGGCUGUCAUGGCCUCACUGCUACUGGUGUUUCACGUCAUUUGAAUCCAGGUUGACCGCCGCCCGUUUCCUUUGGAAAAGCCGGAGAACUUAUGGGGCCUCGUGUCAGCGUCAUCAUUGGGGGCCCUUGUCGUCCUGUCCGUCCCGCUCUUUAAGCGGCAGUGCUACGAACUAUUCCUGCGCCUUCAUCAGAGCCUGGCGGUCCUAUUCUUGUACGGCCUUUGGGUGCACCUUGACGACAAGCGGUUGAUGCCACACGUCUAUCUCUACUCACUGCUAGGUAUAUGCGGACUUUCCAGCAUCCUUACCGGCCUCCUAGCGCUCCGUCGAAACGCCUUUCUAUCCCGCGGCUUCUCCAGAGCCACUAUCACUCAGUCUCGCGACGUCAUCAUCGUGACCAUAGUGCUGACACGGCCUCUUGUUGUCAAAGCUGGACAGCACAUUAACCUCUCACUAUUCAUGCC